CAUUUAUUUACUUUGGUUUCACAACUAACUGUACUUAUUGGAAGUCCAAACUGUAGAGCAGACGAAAGAAAUGUCGGAAGAAAAGCCAGAAGAUUUGAAGGCCAAGGGAAAUGAGUGUGUAAAGAAUGGAAAUUUUUCAGAAGCUAUUCUACAUUAUAGCCAUGCUAUCAAAAUGGAUCCCAAAAAUCAUCUCUUGUAUAGCAACAGAUCUCUGGCUUUCCUCAAAUUACAGCAAUACUAUUAUGCAAUGGAAGAUGCCAAGGAGUGUAUAAAGUUGAAACCAACAUGGCCUAAGGGAUUUUACAGAAAAGGAGAAGUUGAAUAUAAUGUUGGAAAUUAUACUCUUGCACAAAUGGCAUACAAGCAAGCGAUGAUGUUGGAUCCAACAGAUGAAGGAAUAAAAGAUGCGAUUGUAAGGACAACAAAAGAGGUUAAUAAAGUCAGAAAAGCUGAGAAGCAGGAGCCUUGGAAGUAUGCUGCGGGUGGAGUGGUUGUGGGCAUUGCUGUUGUAUUAGGGGACCAAUUCAUGGCAGAGAAGCCAGUCAUUGAACACAUUGUUCUACAGAUAUUGAUGGUGCUAGCAUUUCUAUUAUUGUCACUACUUCUAUGGAAGGGAUUUAAAUUGAUGCGUGACUGGCAGAGUGAUAACUUGUUAGAACCUCCUAUUGAUCUCUUGAAAGAAUUUGCUGAUGAAGGUUCAAAACACCCAGAAAAAUCUGCAGAUGAUCCAACAGAAGAUGGAUAUACAAGCAGAAGAGGAGGCAAUAAGAGAGCACAGUCUGGAAAGAGGAAAUACAAGCUUGGAAAGUCCUCAUGAUAUUAGCUGUAAGGGAGAUCUAUUCCAGGUGUCAGAGUCUUUAGGGACCACUAAGCCGUCCUCAGUUAACAUUAGAGGCAUCGUCUUCUAAUAGAUACUUAAUAUGGUACACGGCAGGUAGACAAGGCAUUAAGUCAAUGUUAUGUGGAAUAAUCUAUAGAGUAGUGUCUGUUUGUUACUGUUAAUGCACAAUAUUCAUUAACAUUAUUAUGUAAGGGGACGGUAGUCAGAUGUGUUCAUGUUGUUGUAUGUUCUUUUAUGAAAUCCAUUCUUUGUUUAUGUACCUACUGAACAUUAUGAAGCAAUAGAAAUAUUGUCAUUUGGUUAUGUCCAUUCAUCAUAGUUAAGCACUUAUUCAUCAAUCAAUUAAAUCCUGUGAAAACGGUUUAUUUUUUAAAGAAUUCAUAAAAUUGCUUUGUAUAUCCAAUGAAGUGUGGAACUAUAUUUCCGCUCUGAGCAGUUAUUUUGACAUGCAACAUUAGGUACAAUUCAACAUAAUUACCUCAACAUCAGGUGAACAAAGACUGAAUAGAUUUAACAAACUUUUGAAGUUUUGACGGUCUGAAUUUUAAAUAGGUGUUGCAAUGUUCCCAUAAGCAGUAUUUUGGCCUGGAUGGAGAAAGAUGAAAGUGUAUAAUAUAUAAAUAUAUGUUGUAGGUGUCAUGUAUUUUCUUUGUAUAUCCCAAAUGUUUUGGUUUUUAGAUCUCUGGUUCUUCAGAGAAAUUAUACAUGUAUAGAUGUAGAGGGAAUUUGUGUACCGGUAGUGCCAUCUAGAAAUGGCUUAGCCAGUGAAAAGUCUAAAGAUACCACAUGUUCAAUAAUGCAAUUUGGUUGUCAUACUCUACUUACUGCUUACAAUACACUUAGCCUUAAAAUAUUGUGUUUAAUUUAUUUUGUCUUUUUUUUUUUAAGUUAAACCCUUCUUUAGGUCAAAUUCCGAAAAAACAAAAUAGUGUUAAAGAAUUUGUAAUCUAUAAACUUUGUUUAUUUUACAUCAAUUGCGAAACAAGUUAUUUCAACUUAUACUAAUCACUCCUGUUGACCCGGAUGUAAGGGCAUGAGGGGUCUCAUUGUGGGAGGAAACCAGAUUACCCAGGGAAAACCCACAUGGUCAGGUAGGUGACCCUUACCUUUUCACGUCCGUUCCAGGAGUCGAACCCCGGACGGCUAGGUGAAAGGCGAGUGUGUUACCACUAGAGCCAAUACACACUGCAUGUCAAAAUGUGAACUGAUAAUAUUCCAGCCAUAUCAGAUGUGAAAUAUUUUUUCACUGCUGCCUAAAACUCAGUCACUGCAGUUAUUUGUAAGCACAGUCGUCUGAACUGCCCUUGUUAUAUUAUGUAUUUUGACAUAAUAUAGGGUUCUUUUAAUGCAUCACAUGUGUUUACUUAUACAUUUCACCAUUGCAACACUGCCUAACGUUUGUGCAAUUUUGAAUUAAGCUAAUUUGUUAUGAUUGGGACUGUUGCAUGGAAAUGUAACAAAGUUGCCAGAGAUCUACAAGAUGUACAAGUCUUUGGGCCACUUGUUUUGACUUCCAUUUGUUUUUUUACAGAUUCUAUUAAAAUAAAUAGGAAUGUUUUUCGUCUUUUAAACAAGUAUGCAUUUACUAGUACACUAGUUGGGAAUAAGGUAAAAUAGUAAUUAAACGUUUUGUAUGGAUAUAGAGAUGGUAACUGAAUAUGAUGCUGAGAAUCCUUCAACACAGCUCAUCAUUGUGUAAAGGCUAGUCUGAUUUUUGCCUAUUAAGAGGUUAUGUGUUUGGUUUACUGGCUUAUCUUUAGGGUAAUGGAGUUCUGCUGUGUAACCAGAAGGAAUUUGCUCUAUCAGUGUGUCUUCUCUGUCAUAUUUUUGAUUGAUAUAGUGACUUCAAGUAGAUGAGCUACUUAUAUGAUAGUUGAGUCAAACUGUCAUCCUAUGGUACAAGAAAGAUCUAAUGAUUAUAUUGCUUUUCAGGUACAAGCAUUGGAACGAUAUUUUCAGUUAUUCAUAGGAGUUCAUUUUGUGAACAAUCAUUCAAAAAAAAAAGAAGUUCACUGCUCGCCCAUGGCCUCGAGUAAAAAAGAUUAUGCAACAUAUUCCCUCAUCUGUAAUCGAUGAGUUAUGAUAAAGUAAUGCAUAUAUAAUAUUGAAGAUUUCCACAAAGCAAUUUCUAGAUUUGUCAGAACUAGUAAUGUUGAACUUAGUCUUGAAUAUUCAAAUUCGGCAGUUACAUUAAUUACUAGAGUAUGCCAACAGUACUCUCUUGAGGCGUAUCAGCUGAACUGAAAAUCAUAUGGUCAGACUGGUCAACCAGACAAGUUAUUCUAGUCAGUCUUUAAUAAUGUUGUGAAAACAAGAGACUGUUCCUGUUUUGUAAGUAAAACUGCUAAUUAAUUGAAUUGUUUUACUUUGUAUUUAUCAUACAGUACCAUAUAUUUUAUCCAGAUUCUUAAUUAAUAAUUAAUACUUGUUCAUUAGUGGUGCAGGCAAAACAGUUUGUUAACCAUUUAAAAAAUGAAUAGUUGAUGUCAAAUUCAACAGGUGGAGAGGCCGGGUUCAUCAAUUAAUUGUCAUUUGCCCUCUUCCCUUGGUGAUAUUCACUCUUCCAUCAAACAUCCUGCAUACUUUUGGGUAUCCAGACCGAGGGCCCAUUGCCCACCAUUUCAUGCUUACCCAGUCUUAGCUCUAUCUCUGCCUACUUUUUCCAUGCAAAGAAAGACACAAAAACCAUUAUCACCUUUUCACUUUUAAUUGACCUCCAGGAUUUCUAUAAUACAAUCACUAUAUCUCUCACAGUUUAUAAAUAUGAUUUUCAAAACACAUAUAAUAAAAUGAGGACCAAAUACAUAAGUCAUGUAUCUGAGCAUAUGUCUACAGUUGUAGACAUUUAACUGAACCAUUAUACAGUGCCCAUUUUAAACAAGUACUUGAUGUAUACAGGUACUUUUCUGCAAGUAAAUGGUUUCUAGAAAGGAUUUUUUCAUCUAAAUAGAAAAUGAAGAUACUGAUAUACAUCGAUAAAGAUUUUUGCAAAAAGAAAUUGCUUUCUGAAGCUACAUAAAAAAUAAUCAUAAAACUUCCCAAUACAGUUGAGUACCAAGUUCUCAUAUGUAUAUAUAUUUGAUCUCUGGUCCUAAUGACAAGUUGAAAUAAAUUGAUUUAUAACAGA